UUUAAGGGGAACCGGAAGUGCUUGUUGAACCGGACGGACAGACUUCUCAAUGUGACUUACCUCAAGCUAACGUUGUUUUCCUCUGAUACUGUCUUAUGGUUGUGGCUUUUCAGUGAGCAAAAUGUUUCUUACCACCGUUAAUUUGGCCAAGGCAAAAUCAAAGACCGUCCUGGUGCAGAUGGUGAGCGCUGCAGGGACAGGCUACUUCUUCAACACAAAGAGGAACCGUCUCAGAGACAAACUGGUGCUGCGCAAACAUGAUCCAUUUGUGAACAAGCACGUCCUAUUCUUUGAGAAGAGGAAGAUCAGAUCGAUUUAAGAAUGCACCAGAAUAUAUGGACAUAACCUAAACCUGCUGGGGUUAAACAGACUAUUGUUAUUGUCAUGGGUUGUACAUGGUGUUUCGUCAGUCAACACCAUCAGAGGAUUUCUUCUUGGAGCUGUCAGAAGGCCUCUGCUCGUUCCAGUGCACCACUUCUGCAUUAUGCAAACCUCGACCAGGCGUCAAGAAAUGAUUUAUUACCACCAUUUAAAGCAAACUGCUACUCUUGUGUUUGCAGGUAUUUUAUUGGUCCAACACAACUGUCUUGAUCUUAAGUCAUGGAAUAACAUGUUAAGGUGCUAUUAAAGAUCCAAAUCCAGGGUCAAUGAUUAAGGUUCAGUGCCACUUUCUAUUUAAAUUGAGUACCUGCAACUAAACCAUUUGUGAAACAUGAUCUAUUUGGGGAAAUUAAAUAAAUGAUGUGCUGUACAA